AAAGUAUUCUAUCAUUCUAUAAUUUUAUCGUAGAAUAUUAUGAAUUGUUAAGAAAUUUCGUUAUAAAAAUUUGCAAUUUCAUAAAAUUUGCUGAACAAAGGUACGUUAUACAGUACGACAGUUCCCAUAAAUUUUGUUGGUUCAAUAAUUAUCCAAAUUCAGUUAGUUACAUUAUAAAUUAACGCCAUUAUACAUACAUAUAUAUAUAUUUAACCAUUAUACAUAGAUACAAACGUAGAAUUCUUUUUUUUCACAAAUUUGAAAUAAUAUAAAAUAUAAAAUAUAAAAAUGAGUUCUAAUAAUGAAACCCAAGUAGUAUCUGAUUUUAAUGAAUUAAAUGUCUCUGAAAAUUCUAUUUCGGUAAAAACUAAUCAUAAGAAUUGUUACGACCCAUAUAAUGAUAAAUUUUGGUGUAAAGAAUGUGUUCCUCGUUGUAUAAUUGAAGGUUGGACCAGUGGAAAUGAUGAUAUUGAUAAUCUUAUCAAGGAUUCGAUUUAUGAUACAUGUCGUGGGGAAUAUAUUGGUAAUGGUAAAUAUUCCCCAUCAUUUCUUAAAUGGGUUCCAUUUGAUAGAUUUGAAGAUAUGAAACAAAUAGGUGAAGGUGGAUUUGCAAAAGUGUAUUCUGCAACUUGGAUUGAUGGUGAUGCAAAAUACAUUAAACAAGAUGAUGGAAAUUGGAUAAAAGAAGAACCUAAAUCCAUGAAAGUUGCCUUGAAAAGGCUUAAUGGAUCACAAAAUAUGUCAGCUGAUUAUUUAAAUGAGCUUAAAACGCAUUGGAAAUUAAAUUGCGCACAAUUAGAUUCUUUAAAAUUUUAUGGGAUGACCAAAGAUCCAAAAACUGAAGAAUUUAUAAUGAUUAUGCAAUUUGCAAGUAGAGGAAAUUUGAAAAAUAUUCUUUCAAGUAAUUUUAAAAAUAUUUUAUGGGAUGAGAAAGUUAUGUAUUUAACUGGUGCAGCAGAGGAACUUAAAAAUUUACAUUCAUUAGGAUAUUUUCAUAAAGAUUUUCAUAGUGGAAAUAUGUUAUCAGAUAGUGAUAUUUCUUUUUUUAUUUCAGAUUUUGGAUUAUCUAGGUCAUCAAAUGAACAGAAAUCAGAUAAUAAAAUAGUUGGUGUGUUACCAUAUAUUGCUCCAGAAGUUUUAAAUGGAGAACCAUAUACGUUAUCUUCAGAUAUUUAUAGUUUCGGUGUAAUUAUGGCUGAAGUAUCAUCUGGAAAACCUCCUUUUUAUAAAAGAAAACAUGAUAAUAACUUAGCAUUGGAAAUAUGUAAUGGACUCAGACCAAAAUUUGGAAAAGGAACUCCCGAAAUUUAUAAGAAAUUAGCUCAUAGAUGUAUGAAUGCUGAUCCAAAUCAAAGACCAACAGCCAAUGAAUUAAGUGAAAUAUUAUGUUGUUGGUAUUAUUAUGAGGAUAAUGAAAAAUAUGGGUAUAAAGUAGAAGAAGUUAAGGCUGUAUUUGGAAAAGCUGAUAAGGAAAUACAAAAUAUUUCAACUUUAUGUGAAAAAGAUCCUGAUGCUAUUUAUACCAGUAGAGCAUUUACAUUUAAAAAUUUGUCAAAGCCCAUUAAUUCAUCUUUUAUUGCUACUACAUAUCUUGAUAAUAAAGAUUGUCAAGAUUCUCAAUUAAUUGACUUAGAAGUUCCUAGUACGUCAAAAUUAGAGGAUUUAAAAAAAUUAUUGGCCAAACUUAUAGCUCCAACUCAAAUAAACUGUUGCCAAACCGUAGUAAACCGCGGAUUGAUCCGUUAA